AUGGCUGAGAGAUCGCUUCUGACCCUUCUUGCCCUGACCGCCGUGUCCUUAUCAGUAGUCCUGCCGACGGCGCGUGGAAAUUCGGAAAGUGACGCGCUCUACGCGCUUCGCCGGAGCUUAUCCGACCCGGAUAACGUGCUCCAGAGCUGGGAUCUGAACCUCGUGAACCCCUGCACCUGGUUCCACAUCACCUGCAACCAGGAGAACCGCGUAACUCGCGUGGACCUUGGGAACUCAAAUUUAUCUGGUCACCUAGUUACUGAACUUGGAAAGCUUGAACAUCUCCAAUAUCUGGAGCUUUACAAAAAUAACAUACAAGGUUCUAUUCCUGCUGAGUUUGGUAACUUGAAGAAUUUAAUUAGUUUGGACCUAUAUAACAACAAUCUCACAGGAACAAUACCUCCUUCAUUGGGGAAGUUGAAAUCUCUCGUUUUCCUACGUCUAAAUGAUAAUAAUCUCCACGGACCAAUUCCAAGGCCUUUAGCUGGUAUAUCUAGCUUGAAAGUUCUAGAUGUUUCAAAUAACAACUUAUGUGGCACAAUUCCUACUACUGGUCCAUUUGAGCACAUCCCAUUGAACAACUUUGAGAAUAACCCUCGACUGGAAGGUCCGGAGCUGCUGGGGCUCGCGAGUUACGAUACGAACUGCACUUAA